UUGAGCUGUCCGCCGCAGCAAACCUCUUUGGGAGCUGAUGAGGAGGAGGAUGAUGGUGGUCGUCAUCUUCAUUUUUAUCUUCUUUUUCUUCUUCUUCAUCAUCAUGGAGGUGGACACAGCAAAGAGAAGUGUCACCACGAAGCUGCUGAGAUGAAUCAUUUUCAUCAUCAUCCAUGGAUUUGGAAGGAGAAUCCCAGACACGACACCGGAAGAACAUAUACUUGCAGCAAAUGUGGGAUGAGGCGCAGUCCUGGUGAACUUCGUACGGGUAAAAGCCCACAUUUUCUUCGUUUUAGCUUUCCAGAAGAGGAACAUGUCAAGCGUUUCUGCUUGUAAGGAGAUGAAUGAUUGAGAAGACUCUUUCUCCAGGAUUUCUUUGGAACCUGAAUGAUUUCCGAGUGCGGGACAUGGUUGGAUAGACAUUUUGUUUAUUUUUUUCCCCCUGUUUAUUGAUGGCGGAAUUUUGUUUUUAAACAGGAUGCUAGGAAAGUGACAUUUUUUUUUUGAUGACAUGUAUAAAGAGACCUCUUCUGAAACCUUCCUGUGGAUACAAGUGAUUGAUUGAUCGGACAUCUACUUGCCGCGAACUAACCACUGUUUGACUAAUCCUACUUUUCCCUCAUAAUGGCCGUCGAGCUUUCCUGCUUCGUGGAUGUGAAGGCUAUUAGGGAAUCCUGACUGAAGUGGUGAAUGCUCCAUGAGUCUGCCAAGUCUUCUGACCAGCGCCAGAGAAUGCCAGACCCAUCUUGAUCGUCAUAACAGAUCUUGAAGAAGAACCGGUCCUCUCCCCCCCACUCUCAGCUGGUGGGGGGGAGGGCAGGGCUUAGUUAGGUGGUAGUCGUGUAGUUUUUUUAGAUGUUCAAAGGACUUCAAGUAGGAAGUCAUUUUUUUAGCUUCUCUCCCUGGUUGCUUUGUUGUCCAGUCUUUAUUUUGACACCAAGUUAGCUGUUAGCCAUGGAUGCUAAUCAAGGCCCAGGUCAGGGAAGCCCUGAAAGUCCAAAUCGUGCGGUGGAGUACCUCCUGGAACUCAACAACAUCAUCGAAAGCCAGCAGAAGCUUCUGGAAACGCAGAGGCGGCGCAUUGAUGAGUUAGAAAUCCAGUUAGACCGCCUCAGUCAAGAGAAUAAGGACCUGCGCUUGGACCGCCAGCCAGUUGCCCCACCUCCACCAGCCCCUCCUCCAGAGCCUCGUCUUCCUCCUCCUCCACCACCACCGCCUCCCACUCACUUCUCUUCUGUUCCCAGCAAGAACCAUAACCUUCACCACAACAAGCCUCCUACCUCCAUCUCACUCAAUACCAGCCACAACCACCAGCACCAUCACUACAACAGCACCUCGGCGGUCCAUGCUCCUGCCAUGGCACCUGCCUCGCAGGUCCCCACGCCAGCGCCUCCCCCGCCACCACCUCCCAUUCCACCUCGUGAGCAGCCUCGAGGACACAGUCGUCUAAGCCGGGCUGCAUCUACCAGCACUGGAACCAACACUAACUUUGUGGAGAAGGAGAAGGAUCGCCUGGAGCGCCUGCACAAGACUAACGCCGCCAACAACCAUCACGCCCACACGAUGCACCACCACAAAGCUGUGGAAGGUGAACCACGGUGUCCCGAGGCGCUCCCUUUUCCAGAUUCACUCUACGGCCACCCUUACGCCUCUAGCACCAGCACGUCCAGUGGGCCUUUGAUAACACCCCCCACACAGGACAGCUCGCCCGUCUCUACUCCAAGCGCGGCAAGCUUGACGUGGGCUCAGCGGAGUCGCCAGCAGCCUGCCAGCCUGGCACUACGGAAGCAAGAGGAGGAGGAGAGCAAACGCUGCAAGGCCCUUUCUGACAGCUAUGAGCUCUCCACGGACCUCCAGGACAAGAAGGUGGAGAUGCUGGAGAGGAAAUACGGUGGCCAGUUCGUGUCCCGGCGGGCGGCCAGGACCAUUCAGACGGCCUUCCGGCAGUACCGCAUGAACAAGAACUUCCAGAGGCUCCGCAGUUCGGCGUCGGAGAGCCGAAUGACACGUCGCAUCAUAUUGUCCAACAUGCGGAUGCAGUACUCUUUUGAUGAGCGUCAGCCACAGGGUCAGGGGUAUUCAGGUCCGCAGGGGUCCGAAGACACAGGAGAUAUGGACGACUCAUUCUCCAAACAGGUCAAGUCGCUGGCAGACUCAAUGGACGACUCGCUCACCUGUCAAUCCGGCCGUGAAGACUCCCAGGAAGCGGGAGGAGAUGGAGAGGAAGAAGAGGGUGAUGAGGAGGAAGAGGAGGACGAAGAGGAGGAUGAAGAGGAAGACUACAGGGAGUGUUCCUGGGGUGGGACCUCCACCUCCUCCCACCGUGGGGUGGGUCAGGUGGGCCGAGUUGGGCGGGGAGCGUCCGGCGCAGCCAUGCAUGAGGACAGUACAGCAACUUCCUUCAGCGAUGUCACACUCUAUAUGGACGACGGCUGCCUCCCGUCCUCACCCAUUUCACGGCCGCCCUCAUCGCCGCUGUCUUGCCCAGCCUCCAGCUCCGACACUGAGUACUGGGGUGGCGCUAGUGGGAGGGAGGACAGUCGAGAGACAGAACGAGGCGGUAACACCAGCCGCAGGGGCAGCACACCCUGCACUGAGUGUCGAGUGGACUAUCGUGGGAGGUCUGCCGCAGGAUCACACCUGCCAGUCUUGACCAUUGAACCACCCAGUGAUAGCUCAGUCGACAUGAGUGACAGGUCCGAGCGAGGCUCAAUCGGGCGUCUGGUCUAUGAGCAGGAGCCGCCCGGAGCAGUAGAGCAAGGGGCAGGAGAAGAAAGUGGCGGUGGAGAUGGUGAGAGUGCAGAGGAAGAACAUGGAGGUGGUGGGGCAGGGAGUAGCGAGGCCGAAUCAUUGCAGGGAACCAUCAAACACAAACCGAAUGGCCGCUCGGUGGUGAUGGCGCAGGGUCAGACAAGAAGUUCAGCCCCCUCCGCUAUGCCCAUGCCCUCGGCUCGUACCCUGCCAUCUCACGCACUGCCUUACCCACUCCAGCACUCGCACCCGUCGCCCAUCCCCCACCUGCCCACCGUACUGCACCACCACCCGCAGUACAAUCAUAUGGCAUACACUCACCAUGGCGGGGCCGCCUACGUGCCUCACUUCACCCAGCACUUCUACCACCAACUGCACCACCACCAUCACCACCUCCCGCACGGCUAUCCGGAACCUCCUUCUUCACCACUGCCCUCACCUGUUCCACCACUCUCUCCGAUGCCUCCGCCACUCACACCCUCGCCGCUAUCAUCUUCCGUCGACACCCACCAACAUCUGCACCACCUACACCACCAGUCACACCUUCACCACCCACUGCACCAUCAUCUUCUGUGCUCCGACGGCGACAACGAGAGCGUGAACUCCACAACCACCAACAGCAACGACGACACAACAGUCAACAAUGGCAGCUCGGGCUCGUCAUCGCGCGACAGCCUGCGCGAGCCCACGGCAGCAACGCUAAGCAAGCAGACGUAUCAGCGCGAGAGCCGCCACAGCUGGGAUUCACCCGCUUUCAACAAUGAUGUCGUUCAGCGGCGCCACUACCGCAUCGGUCUCAACCUCUUCAACAAGAAGCCAGAAAAGGGAAUCCAGUACCUGAUCGAGAGGGGCUUCGUUUCAGACACGCCGGUGGGCAUUGCAAGGUUCAUCCUGGAAAGAAAAGGUCUCAGCCGGCAGAUGAUUGGCGAGUUUCUGGGCAGCCGGCAGCAGUUCAACAAGGACGUACUAGACUGCGUCUUGGACGAGAUGGACUUCUCAGGGAUGGACCUUGAUGACGCUCUGAGGAAGUUCCAAGCUCAGAUCAAAGUUCAGGGUGAAGCGCAGCGUGUGGAGCGAUUAGUGGAGGCUUUUAGUCAGCGCUAUUGUGUGUGCAACCCCGUGCUGAUACGGCAGUUCCAAAAUCCGGACACCAUUUUUAUCCUGGCCUUUGCCAUCAUUCUCCUUAACACGGACAUGUAUAGCCCCAACAUAAAGCCAGAGAGGAAGAUGAAACUGGACGACUUCAUCAAGAACCUGCGUGGUGUUGAUAACGGUCAAGACAUUCCCAGAGACCUUCUUGUGUCUAUCUAUGGAAGAAUCCAGAAGUGGGAGCUGCGGACCAACGAUGACCAUGUAUCUCAGGUGCAGGCAGUAGAGAGAAUGGUGGUCGGCAAGAAACCCGUUCUGUCUCUGCCUCACCGCCGGCUAGUGUGUUGCUGUCAAUUGUUCGAGGUUCCCGACCCGAACCGAGCUCAGAGAAGCGGUGUCCACCAAAGAGAGGUCUUCCUGUUCAAUGACCUGCUGAUGGUGACUAAGAUCUUCCAAAAGAAGAAGGCCUCUGUGACAUACAGUUUCCGACAAUCAUUCCCACUGGUGGACAUGCAAGUGCACACCUUCCAGAACACUUAUUACCCUCAUGGCAUCAGACUGACGUCGGCUAACCCCGGGGGUGAAAGGAAGGUCCUGAUCGUGUUUACAGCACCAAGCCAGCAAGACCGAGUUCGCUUCACCUCGGACUUGAAAGAGAGUGUGGCCGAGGUGCAGGACAUGGAAAAGUACCGUGUGGAGUCCGAACUUGAGAAGCAGAAAGGUGUGAUGCGUCCCACCGCAAUGACCCCGGGCGGACCAGGAGGUGGGGCUGGAAUGGCCGGACCAACAAAAAACGAAGCCGUCAACGGCACCUUAAGCCGGCCUAGCCUGGAUGACACGUACGCGUCAGUAGACGGACUCAAGCGCACAGCGCUGAGCUCUUCCCUGAGAGACCUGUCAGACACUGGAAAGCGAGGUCGUCGGAACAGCGUCGGCUCAUUGGACAGCACGAUGGAAGGGUCCAUCAUCAGCAGCCCGCGACCACACCAGCAAUACCACCCUGGAGGGCUUCUUGCCUACAGCCCCAUAAUGGCCCCCUCAUCUCCAACAGUUUACCGGCCACACCGCCCUACUCAGAGCCCCGGUACAGGGGUGGGUGGUGGGCCGGGGCUCUGUCACAACCAAGCUGGACCGAGCGUGUCCCCGCUUAUGAGCGGGGGCGUGGCUGGGGCCGCAGGAGGGAUAGCCAUGGGAAUUGGGCCAGGCGGCGGCAGCGGCCGGCUGGGGAGCUUUUUCGGCAGUCGCAGAGGGAAGGUUCCUGGUCCCCUGACGAUGACAUCGCCGACACCGCAGGGCCCCCCGAGUCCCCUGAUGAUAUCUUCUCCACCCCAUUACCCCGCCCCCGAGCCUCCCAUCGCGCACCCUUCAUCCCCUUCCCCAUGCUCCUCCCCAUCGACCAACCUCGGCCGGUCGGACCCGGGCGGCAUUGGAGGGGGAGAAGGCACGGUUGGGGUACCCUCCAAGCUACAGGCUUUGCACGCCCAAUAUUGUCACAGCAACAGUGCGGGAGGAGGGGUCAGCGGGACCCAGCAACAACAGACUCCCCCCCCACCUUACCACCAUCAUCACCGAUAUCACAUUCAAAGUGCCCCGCAGCACCAUCCUCUCUCGCACAGGGUGUCGGUUCCGCGGCGCCACGUCCCGUCUGGCUGCGUUCCGUCUCACAUCCAGCAGCAUCAGCGACUCCAGCAGGUCCCCACCCAGCACCAGCGCUACAACGCAGCCUCGGGUUUCAUCACACCCCCGCCACUGUCUCCUCACUCACCCCUAACGCCAACUACACCACACGGACUCUACCGGCCAGGCGGCGGAGGCAAAUUGCCACUCACCAUCUCACACUCGCAGCCAAAUCCACACGCUCACUCUCACAAUCACGCUGCACACUCCCCGCUGAGCCCCUCACCCGCCAGCUCACCCUCCACCCACUUCAUCUUCUCCACACCACCGCCCCAGACACCUUCGGCACGCCUGGUCUCGCAGACGCUGCCGCAACCCUAUGCCCCCCAGUACCCACCACUCUCCUCUAUCCCGCCACCCCCGCCACACUCCCCAUUGCCGCCCCCAUCUGCCGCGCCGCUCUCCCCGCACCCAGGUACGGGCGCCGGGCCAGGGCCCAAGUCGAAACCAGUCAGUCGGAUCAGCACCGUCGUGUGAGAAGCUGGCGAGCUGGGACACCCGCCCAGCUUGUCAUCGGCCACCGGGGGGCAGUGCGCAGAGGAAGGAGGAAGAGGAGGAUUGGAAGGCAAAUGCAGGCUUUUCAAAGCAGCCACUUGGUUAGACGGCGUGAACUGAGAGGAGGGAAGCGGAAAUUACUUAGCCUGUGUUACUUUCACAUCCACUUCCCUUGUGGUUAGAACCUCCCGGCAGUCAGUGCCAAGGCAUGUAUUGGUCGAGCCCACGUUAGGGGGGUUUCGAGACUUAAGUGAGAAUGUGAGGCUAACAUAUAGUUAACAGGGGGUCGUUAUCUGACAACAGGACUCGAGAAAUCCAGCUUUUCAUAGAAGUGGCCAGUUGAAAGGGCACUGUACUAAGUUUUGUACGCUUUGAAUCUUUGAUUGACAGCCAUGCGUGAUUCGUGCAAUCGCUACUGAGUGUAAGAGGGAGGAGGAUUUUUUUCUUGAUGUUUUUUAUCUCUGUGCUUUGUGAAAAUAUUUGGCUCACAGGGUUUCUGCACUCCCCUUGCUAUGGAUGGGAAAGGUCAUUUAAUUUAUAUAUACACAUAUACAUAGAUAUGUGUAAAUCCUGUAUCAAGGCAGAAAGACUAGUAUCAAAUUAAACAUAGAGACAAGUCUAAAACAAAUUUGAAGAUCAAAAUGAGAAAACAAGCAAAAAGCUAAACAUGUGAAACAUCAAGACAAGGAUAAAACAAAAUUAAAGACUAAAAUCAAGAUGAAAAGACAAGCAAAACAUUAAACACUAGGUAAAAUAUCAAGACAAGGAGAAGACAAACCUGAACAUAAAUAUGUCAAACAUUUAAAAAGAAAAAACCUAAAGCAAGACGGCCCCUUCAAGACAAAGAUGAAAAUUUAAAAAGAAAAGUCGAGUCAAACACACUAAGUAAAGACAAAUCAAGACAAACGUCAAGACACGACAUCUCACAUUUUGGUGUAUCUAACGUACCUGUAAUAUAUCAAGUAUUCAUAAGGUACACAAAGCAUAUUGAUGUAUUGAUGUUUUUUGUAUAAGACACUCGGUGUUGCCAAGGAAGGAGAUUAAGCUAUUAACCAUAAUGCCAAACAGGGUGCUUUCUGGAAGUUUUUGUUUUUUUACUAUUGGCUCAUAAGUCAAUGCUUACAAUUGGGAUACUAAGCCUUCGUAUUUAGUUUAAUAUGUGGUAUUAUUACGCGAAAUGCUUAGUGUAUGUAUACAUAGUCACAAUUUCCUGGCUGGUACUAUUCAACAUUUAACUCACCGAUAUGACGUACAGUACACCAAAGGUAGGCCUCCAGGUGGCCUGCUCUGUUCUUUCAAUCGGUGUAUUGAGAAUUAUUGUUAGUCCUGUAAUGUUUGUGGAAAUAACUUAGCCAUUUCCUCCCUAACAUUAGUUAAAUACAACACACGUAAUCUUUUUUUAAUUUAUUUAUCUUGUUAUUAUACGGUUAUUUGAGUUAUUGUAAAUAAAUAAAUUAAACACCUUAGUUAAAUAACAUGUACACAUUUUAUUUUUCUCCAUUUAUUUUUAAAAAAUUUGUAAUAUUUAUAAAGAAAUUAUAAUUACGACAAAGUCAGAUAAAUCUAAAUGUCUUGAAAUGAGCUUGAAUUUAAACUACUGAUACUCAAAUAAUUAUUCAUCAGUAAAAUCAGUCAAAUGAAUACAACUGUUAAAAUAUAAAAAUGCUAAAUGUUUUUGAAGUGAAAUAUUUUACAUGCACUUUUGAACUUUGCCCCUUUGUUCAUUUAAAAAAAUCACGUGGUAAUGAAGAACUAAAGUGGGCUCUCCCGCUCUAACGUGGAGAAGAAUAGCACCGUUAGCUCAACAAAUGAAGACCAUUUACAUGAUCCUAGAAAAGAUUUUACAAAGUGGAGAACAAGGUGCCUUCAGACAGGAGGAUGGUAAAUAUAAAUUAUCAUUAGAGCAUUAUUCCACACAACACAGGAUAUAAAUGUUUUUAUGACGAUUUGGGAAGCUGGACCUACAUAUGUGCGGUAUUUUUUUUUUUUUUAUUAUUAUGAUGAUUAUGUUUUGCACUUAUGCAACUAUGAAAGUCGCCUUUGUCAGUAUGUGCAUGUCACGAAUACAUUGUGUUUUGUUGAGUCCACACACGCAACCAAGUGUGUGUGUUAAGUUCUUCAGGGUUCUACUAGGUGCAUUUGUAGUUUAUUAUUUUUCAUGUUCACGUGCAUUGCAUUAUCAGUCAAAACAGCCUGAUGGCGUUCCCCUGGGCAUCUUUUUACCUCCCCCUAUUUUUUUUUUUAUUCCCACAAAAUAGUACUAAGAUCACAAUUAUUUUAUUACACAAAAAAGCAAAGCUAGUUUAACUAAAACAAUCCACGAUAUAGUUCAUGAUGACGUUAAGUCUUCACACAUCGCACAUGACUUGUAUACUUGAAAUCUUUGUUGAAAUGUACAAUUCCACCAGAAUAUUUGCUGACUACUCUGAAUUUGUCAGUACAUGAUGACUUGAAUUGUCUCUACGCUAACCAUGGGUUACAACUCGAAAUUCAUUUUCACUAAGCUUAUCAAAGGACUUCAGCUUGAAAUGUCCUUACACCAACUACAUCGUAUGACUUGAUGAUGACUGAAAGCCUUUACACUGGCAGUAGAGGUAACGCAACUUUAAAUUAUUACACUGAAAAUGUCACAUAAUGAUAGCUACUGUACUUGAUGUUGAGUUCAAAAACUUAACAUGGAUGCAUCAUUUAUAACUUGAAAUCUCUACACAGAAUACAUGCAUAACAACUUCAUGAGGAACAAACUGUCUUUACUUAGACUAUUUCUAAUUGCCUAACUUAAAGGGCUUCUGUAAUGCAACAAACAUUGCCACUUCAUUUAUGGUCCUUUAAAAAAAUAGUCUUGCAGAAAACAUUCUGCUUAAAAGAAAAAAGACAGGGUCCUUGUUUUGUGUGCUGUAUAAAUCUAGUCUUUUGCGACUGUUUCAUACAAAAAGGCCCUUUAGAACAAGUUCUGAUCACGUCCUGGGCAGACUAAAACAUGCGCUUUGGAAAGAGGGCAGGAUGUGUACCAUAUAGGCCUGAACACCAGGGACUCCCUCGCACCAAUAAGUAGGCUUCUUUGCAUUCCCUUUAACAACCAACCUGCUUCUUUGCAUCACUCGUCCAUCACCAGUGGUGUAAUUUUAGAAAUAUGACUAUAAAGAUGAUCAAAAAACUAUGUAUUAAAUCAGUUGACGUAUUAAUUCGUUCUGUUGGUUCGAUGCACAAAUAUUUUUUAAUAAAACAUGUCCACCUCACAUCAGAGGGGAUCUUUCUGCCUCCACCUCGUGUGCCAGACCAGCAGUCUACCUUGCACUGAAACUUAGACACCCACCUCGUUGGCCGCGUAGUAAAUGUAAGGCUUUUGUCCAAAAAUUAGCAUUUACACUGGACCUGCCCAAAAGGACACACCAUCCAUGGGCCAAUAAUCUUAUCAUGACAAAGACUUUUCUACCAAAUUCCAGAAUGCAUGACAUGGCUGGCACAAAAUAUGCUAGAGUGGGUCCACAGUCCAUGAAAACAAGGCCCUCAGUAUUGAUUUAGGCUUAUUUUCUGACAGCGUUUUAAACAUUUUGACACGCCCACAUAGAAAGCCAGUUAUCUUAACUUAAGCUCCUUCAUCUGUUUUUGGACUAUUGAGCAUUGAAUAGUUUUGGACAAAACCGGUGAGUGUCUGCUUAAUUUCUAGCUUUAUACAUUCCGGCUUUAGUAAACCACUUGUGAGUAUUCUAUGUUCAAGGUUUGAAUUUGUGAAAAAGUAUUUGCUUUUAUGUCCUAAAAGGUAUAUUGGGGUGUUGUGUGUCUUGAUACUGACAAAGUUAAGUGUGCUUGUUCAUGGGCUAGGCAGCUAUCAGCGUUGCAGUCGUCAGUGUUUAUUCAAUCAAACUAGCAAAUUAAUUAAUUUUGAACAUAAUUUUGGAAUACCUCUGUUUAAUUGCUGCUUGAUUUGAGUGGCGCUCUGAACAACCGCACGGCACAUUUCAACCAAGCUCUGAGUCUCCAGAGGUUGGAAUUUAGCAGAGCCCACGCAUUUCCAACACAACUUUGUGGAGAGACCCUUUAUGAUAUCACACAAGGUUUGUGAAGAUUUGGACAAUUCGAACAGACGCCAAAAGUUAUUUGAAGACUGCUCACAAAUUCUAAGUCCGAGAUGAAAAUGAAAGCCAGUUUCAUUUUUCUGAGCAAAAAUAUACAUAAAUGUGUUUGUUAGUGAAAAAUGAACCAUCUUGAGACUGGGCCCUUCAAAGCCUUGAUACUGGAGCCAUCACAUGACUAGCCAUGGACUUCAAAUGUUUUCAGACUACACAUGUCACAUAUGAAUCGUGAUUUCUUUGAACACAUCAUGUGACUUGAUGUCUACAAGUGUCUAGACCAAAAAUGGAUGCUUAGUCAUUAUUUGAAUGAAGUAACAAUGAUGUAUAUUGAUGAAUGAUUCAUGCAAAUACAAUGAGAUAAUUGAUUGUGAAAUUUCUGGGUCAUCGCGUUCGAACGCCAUCUUGCCGUUUCAGCCUCACUUUUGUUGGAUCUGGGCUUGUCUGAUGCUCAACUCCCACAUGGAACAUUUGACUUCACGGACUAUUUUCACUGGCGUUUUAUUUUGCAUCGAUUGAGCGUUCGCUUAAAAGCAAUCAAAAGACUGAAUGAAAAUGAAAAAGUAUGUGUGUUUUUUUAAGUGUGCAGCACGUUGUAUGAUAAUACGCAAAAAUAGAGGCAUGAUGCUCUCUUGGCCCAGCUCUUCUUUCCAUUAUUGCCGUGCAUGUCUUAUUUAUUAUUACAUUAUCUGCACUGAAUGGAACUUUGUAUUAUAAGCCACUUUGUAUAUAAACAUGUCGAGUUUAAUGAAAAGCAGCUCUUCGUCAGGAACCAACAGUGACAUUUUUCAUUUUACAGGGAGUCUUUUCUGACUGCUGCUGCUGGCAAAACAGGGAAUGUGUUUCUUUCUUUUCAAGAAAAUCAAAUGACAAAUGUUGUCUGUGCUUCCUGUGCUGAGGUAGUACGUGUACAAUUGUACCAGUAGUGUCAAAUACUGUAUGUGUGCAGAGAGAUUACAUUAUUUUAAAGAUGAUUUAGCAAUGUAUAGAAAUGAAUAACUUGUAACUUUGCUUUGGACAACAUUGCAGAGGCAAAAGUGGAAAUAUUUAUUGCUCUGAACAUAUAAAAAUUUGUUCAUGUUGAUGGAAGAAUGUCUCGUCCCUUUAUUCAGUUUUUCCUGUAUACUGGAGUCAACCACACUUCCAUGCAAUUUCUGUAACACUAAUCUUCACUUCCACACUCAGGUCACAGGCGUGUUGAAGGCUAUCCCAAUUUACUUAAGGCGAAAAGCAGUGCAGACCCUGAACUUGUUGCCAGCCAAUCGCGGGGCAUACAGACAAAAAAAAAAAAAAAACACUGUCACAUACACAUGAACACAUUAG